UAAAAUCAGUACGCAUUUUAUUAAAUUAAAAACAUUAGUUUUAUCUUAACAAAAUGUAAAAUGAAGGAAAAUAAAUGUCACUCUUGUCAAUGUAUCAGCAGUUUCUCAUUAGUCUUUGUGUUCACAUUAUCAUCAGAGCGGCUGCCCAAUGGUUUCUGUUCUCACAUCUCACCAUGCGUUGAUUUCCUGCGGCAUAAACAAAACCUCUUCAAUGCAAACAGGAUGUGCUGACAUGUCUGUCUGCUUCAAGGAAAUCAUCUGCUUCAUAAAAUGCCCUGAACCACCUGAAAAAAAAACUUGCCCCGGUUGUCGUUGGAGACUGGAGUGUAGAUGAAAUGAAAACGGUUGGGAAACAGGAGUUUUUAUGCCCCUCAUGGAAAGGCAAGACAAAAGACAGCAACACCCCGCUUCAGUUCAGAGGGAACAAUGAGGGACGUUGUCUCUGCAUCUGAAGACUCCAAAGCCAUGAUAUACUGUAUAUACAAACAAAUCUGCUUGAAAAAUUGAAUUGAAGGGUUGGCACAGUCAGUGUUGAAUAUGGUGGUGACAACUUUUAUGGACAGAGAUGCAUGGACAGCAUAUUAGUUUAUGUACAAGUACAAAUUAAAUUAGAGGAAGACAAACUCUCACUCCCUCUGUCUCACAAAAACAAAUCUUAAUCUGACAAUGAAGUUACAGGCAGGAAAGGCCAGUCUCAGUGCAAAUGCUCCAGCUUGCGUAGCCGGAGAGGGUUGGGAAGGGCUUGCUGGUUGCGUACUGAGGAGGGCUCCUCUGGCGAGCGGAAUAGCACCCGACCCCGGUGAUUGAAAAGGUAAAAGGACGGGUGAUUCCUCAGCGUGUCAAAUGUUCUAGAAAGGGAAAAAAAGAUGGAUACAUGUAGUUAAGUUGUGCAUAUGCGCUUAUACAUCCACUGGUGUAUGAUUGUGGGUGUUGUGUGGUGGUGGUCAGAGAGGCCGUGGGCGCAAAAUGGCUGCCAUAUUUCCAUCAGUCUGCCCCAGGGCAGCUACUGAGGUAGUUUACCACCACCAAGGUGUGACUGUGUGAGUGAAUGGAUGAUGUAUCCAAUAUAAAGCUCUUUGAGGUUCUCUGAUAAAGCGCUAUAUGAAAUCUGAUGCAUUAUUAUUAUUUUUAAAAAAAAGGAAUAUGAAUGAGAGGGUCGGUGCAAAUAUUGCAAGCUCAGGCACUUGACUGCUUUAAGCUUGAGGUUCACUGUUCUGUAACACUGUUUAAAAACCAAGGAGUUUUUUUUUUCUCCAGUCAAACAUAAAUAACUUCACUCUUAAACUGUGUUGAGUCUGUUUCUCUAAUCAUCAAAAAAAGGUGAUGCAUUAGGUAUGUGUACACCAUGAAGGAUAAGAGAUGUUGGUUGCAGACAAAUGUUUUGAAACAGACAGCAGACGCAUUAAUGAAUAUCUGCAUUAGAUCUAAACAUAUAUCAUCUAAAAUAGAAUUAAAUGCUGUUUUUAUGUUUAUUAUACAAAUAAGCGGUCACAAUGAGAGUUAAAUGAAAAGUCUAUAUGUGCAUCCCAAAUGGGACUCUCUAAUUUUAUAUGUAUGCUCUGGAAGACUAAAAUGGUGAUCAAAUCUGCAACUCUAUAAAUUCACCUUGAAUAUAAGAAAGGGACACAUGCACAUGAUUUCAGGGAUGGGUGUUGGGGGGUGAGGUUGCAUCCAGAUUAGAUGGCGGUAGGAUAAUGUUUCUGCAGUUUGAAGGGAGGUUAAUAUAUUUCUGUGGGAACUGAGUGAUGUUGCUAUAAAUGUGUCUGAGGCUGAGAACAAAGGCCUCCCCUGUGGCAGAGGACACAAACAACCAUGUUAUCAGGGGAGGAAGGUGCACUGACUCCACUUACUUGUUUUUCAGCUCUGAGGAGGCGUCCAUGUCUUUGAACUCUCCAGCAAUGUGAACGAUACCAUAGCAGGUCAUCACAAACGAUAAUAAGGUCUGUAAUACAAUCUAUAGACACAAAAGACGACACCACCAUGCCAGAAAUUAAACAUAUAUUUUAGGAUUGGUUUAUUACAAAAGCACCGUAGAGAAUAAGUGACUUACAUCAAUCGGUAGUGUCUCGUUUUCCUUCUCUGUGAGUCGCAUGUAUGAUCGAUCUGGUGGGAGAGAUGGUUUUUAAUAAAAGGUUUUAAUAAAUGGACAUGUUCACACAUUGCCAAGUGAAGAAACAAAGAAACCUAAAUGCACAAGACUGUCCUGAAAAUACAACUCUUCUUAAGUAACACUUAAAUUGGAUUGGCUGUGUAAGUAUUAAUAUGUAAGCUUUAGUAAGAGAUGAGGUUUGUCUGUAUAUCUCUCUGUAUUGUGCGCAGCAGCGGGGUUAAGCUGCGUUAGCCUCUCGGAGCUCGGAGCUGCUGCUGCUGCACGGACAGGCCCGGCCGGUCGCUCCGUCACCUGACCCACAGAAAACAGCCACCGACAACAAUACACACAUCGAGACCCGUGUUUUCAUCACAAAUUUCUCAAACUCACGCUGUGCCGCUGAAAAAGCUGCAUGGGCUAAGGCAAACAGUCCAAUGCCGACAACACCUUUCCAAAAAGACGGGGCCAUCUUGAACCAGGGCUGUGAGGAACUGUAUGCAGUGUCGUAAAACAAUGUCGUAAACAGCCGCAACAAUGACCCGGUCAACAAGAACUUCAUAUUUACUAUGAUACAUUUAAUAAUACAACAUAAAACAAACAUUUUUGAAAAUGUUUAUUCUUUAUUGAUAUCUGUUAUAAUUUAUUUUCGCUCGUUCGUUUGUUCGUUAGAUAAACAACCCCAAAUAUUGAGGGGGCUCUUAUUUUGAAGGGGUUAGCUACCAUCCGCUACCGUUUCCUGUUAGCAUAGAGAGCUUUCAUGUCAUCCCACAUUUAAGCACCUAUUGCUGAAUAUCUUCAUAUUUUCACUGUAUUUAGCUCUCAGGAUCCAACGUCAACAUGGCAGAAGCCAUUCAGAAGAAGUUACAAGCGGAGGUAGAGAAAUAUACGCUAAUGCAAAAAGGUAGGUGGGUCUCAGCAAGGCAUGGAUUUAUGUGGAACCACGUUGAGGCGAGCUAGCUUACUAUUUUUGGACUUCCUUACAUUAUUUAAACUAUAAAGUGUUGCUUUAAACAUAUUUCCAUCCUAUUAUUAAAACUCUCUUUUUUCCCAAAUCAUGUUUAUGUAUAAUUGUAAUGUUCUCUUAUGUUCAGAUGUGAGUAAGAGCAUGGCAGCCAGACAGAAGCUGGAGACACAGCUGACGGAUAAUAACAUCGUCAAAGAGGUCACCAUCUGCUUAUUUGAUCUCAAAGGCUUUCCAUUGUUGUUAUUUUUAAAGAAUCAAAUUAUUUUAAGUAAAUCUGAAUAUAUUUUUCAGGAGCUGGGCCUGCUGAACAGCACCAACACCGUAUAUAAGCUCAUUGGCCCAGUUUUAGUGAAGCAAGACCUGGACGAGGCAAAGGCUACUGUCAGCAAGAGGCUGGAGUACAUCAAUGGAGAGAUGUGAGUUUUCCACACAUUCAAGUUUCUGAGUAUUGAAUUGAAAAUGGUUCAUUGAUUUCAUUGACUCUAAAGUGGAGAGAGACCCCCAAGCUUGUCAUCAUCCCACAAUUCAAAAGCCAGCAUCCAUGAACAAGUGCUCAUGGCAGGAGUAGGUUACACAUUUCAGAAGGCACUAUUAAUGCUGAACAAUAUCCAUAUGUUUCAAAGCAACUGUAGCUAUCACCAAAACAAAAUGCUUUUCAUGGAAGACCUUGUAUAGUUCAGCAAGACACUGCCCUUACCAGAUAGAUUGAUAGAUAGAUACUUUAUUCAUCCCCACAAGGGGGAAAUUCAGUUGUCAUUAAACAGCAAUAAUGGAUGAAGAAAGACAAUAAAUAUAUAUAGAAACACUCAUAAGAGCCCACGACUAAACCCCGCACAGUCUACAUUUACAACAGUAUAGCUCUGAAGUAGAAGAGUCCGGGUACUAAACUGCCCUGCCUACAGUGCUGCCUUUUCACUCAUUAAAAUAAAAAACAUCAUAACAUUAAAUAUGGAAAAAAAGAGACCCUUAACUUCAGGGAAAUGAAAAUCCUUUAGCAGUCAGAAAUAGGAGGACAAUCAACUCCCAGAACUCCAGAAAUAGUUGCUUCCAAACCUCCAGGAACUGGUUUCCCAGUUCUGAGUUCCUAAAUAUACAUGAGUGUUGUUAGAAGAAGUGAUCAUCGUGCGACACUCAGAAAAAUGAAUUGUGGCAUAGUUUAUUUGCAUCUACUUGAUUUGAAUUAUUAAAUUUUUAGAAUUUAUUUAUUCAGAUUUGUUAAAAUCAGUAUCUGUUGUUCUAAAAACAAUUCCAGCGUGUUUGUGUUUUUGAAAAGCACUUUACAAAUAAAAUUUAUUUUUAUUAUUAUUAUUGUUAUUAUUAUUAUGUAAUUCAUUAAAAUGAAUGAAUACAGCUUAAAUAUGAUGAGCUGUGGAUCAAUCAAGGUUCAUUUAGUUUAAGUUUUUGAGACAGAAACAAAUUGGAUUUUAUAAUGAUGAAUACAUAGACCUGUCAUGAUUUAUUCAAAACACAUGGGGUUUAUUGGUGUUAUUACAUGAAUCUAACUGGUUCAUUUACAUUUGACCGACAAAUAUGCAGCACACAGAGUUUAUUGGCCUGUUUAUGUCAAAUCUGAGUUAUUCAAAUUGAUGGAAAUUUUUUAUGUAAUGAGGCCUACAUAUUUCUGUGAGUGUACACGUUUCUGGCACUAAAUUUAAAAUGAGCAUAUUCUGCAUUUUUUUUCUUGCAUGAAUUUAAUCCAAAAGUGACUUAUUAAAAAGAUUCUCUUGUAUUGAAAAAUAAGCAAAAUGUCAAGUCAAAACUGUUUUUUUAUUUUUGGUAAUUAUAAUUAUUUUUUAAAAUGUAUUCAGUUAUGUAUCUGUCCUCUUGAGUAGAUAGCAAGCAUUAAAUGAUUUAAACAGCUAGUAGGUGGAACCUGAGUGACAUGGUAUAUCGACAGAUUAAGCAACAAUAAAGACAGAUACAUUUGAGAUAUUAAACAAUAUGAAAACUAACACAGCAACAGCAAGUCCUUAACUUCCCUGUAAAAACGAUUGAAAUAAGGGCAUUUCUUUGGGUGUGUUUUCCCUCCUACAUACUCAAAGGGAAUCACUUACACACAUACCUGUCCUCAGAUAGGUCUGCACUUUUAUGACCUGCUCAAUAUAGAAUUUGAAUAAUGAAAAAACAUACAAUAACAUACAGAUUAUUUAUCAUUUUUGAACACCAGCAGCAGUUCUUCUUUUAAGGAGGAUCUGUAUUUAGUUCAACAGUGUAAUCCUGCUCACUUGCGUGUAGAGGGCAGUGGUGAGCUUGCAGAAGUUUGCAGAACAACUUCUAGCCCCCAUGCCAUGUCCACACUGUAGCAAAGGCUGAAGGACUUGUUGGGGACAUAAUUUUCUGGAGAAAAUCAGACAGGGGUAUCAAAGCACCUUAUAACCACUCUUUAGGUUGUGGUUCAACUGCUGUGUGUUUUACACUGGUGCACUUUGAAUAAGCCAGUUAUCAUAGUUUACUGGUUUUGAGUAUUAACGUGAGUAAACCUUAAUGGUAAAACUGGAUACUUUUUCUUCUUCUGUUACAGUCAGAGGUACGAGGCAAUCCUAAAAGACAUGGAAAAGAAAUCUGAACAACACCGAGAACUCCUGUCCAGUUUACAGCAAGAGUAUCAGAAAGCUCAAGGCCUGGCUGUUGGCAAAGUCUAACCAAGUGGUUCAUCUGCAUGCUCACAAACACAUAGGCAAAAAAGAAGGGGAUUUUCAUGAUGUAAGCCUUAAAUAUCAGGCUGAGUAGAUUCUACAUGUAUUUGUCAAUAAUCUGAAGUUAUUAUGGUGACUGUCUCUUGUUACUAAUAAAAACUGUUUUUCAAGAACGUCC